CUCGACCCGACAUCGAAGCGGCAUCGCAUUGGCCGACCGCACGAGGCAGCGUUUCUUCCCACCCCAACUUCCGGAAGUCUGGCGGCAUCCUCCCCAUCUUGCUCUGCAGAGUGCGGAAUGGUCCGACCCUGAAGGAGGACGGAAACGGGAUUCAACAAGUGCCUGAAGCUGCUGGAGAGCGAGAGAGAUUGAUGGGUAGAGUCGCGGUCGCGGUGAUCGUGAGCUUAUGGGUCGUUCCCAUGUCCAUUCUCGUGAAUCGCGUCGUUCCUGAGCCUUACAUGGACGAGAUAUUUCACAUUCCUCAGGCUCAGCAGUACUGCAGAGGCAAUUUCAGAAGUUGGGAUCCCAUGAUCACCACCCCUCCUGGCUUGUAUUAUCUCUCACUUGCCUAUGUUGGGAUUUUGUACCCAGGGAUGAUCUUUACUCGAGCAAUCUCAUCUUUUCCGGAUAUUUGCUCACCAGCAAUUCUUCGUUCUGUGAAUGCUGUCUUGGCCGUGAUAUGCAGUGUUCUUGUAUACGAGAUAAUGACACUAUUGAGACCGGGGGUCAAUGAUAGGAACGCUACAGCUUGUGCAGUGGUUUUAGCAUCAUAUCCUCUACAGUGGUUCUUCACUUUUCUGUAUUACACUGAUGCUGCAUCCCUUACUAUGGUUCUGGCUAUGUAUCUUGCUUGCUUGAAGAAGAGAUACUGGAUAAGUGCGCUACUUGGCGCCUUGUCUGUAAUCGUAAGGCAAACAAAUAUUGUAUGGAUUCUUUUUGCUGCCUGCACUGGAAUCAUAGACAUUACUCUUCUUUCUGGAAAGUUUCAUGUAAAAGUAGCUGAUAUUGAUGGUCCAAUCAAUGAACCAAGUCAGCUAAUUCGCAAGAAGGGUAAAAUCAGCUCAAAUUUGAGAAGGCGAAAGUACAAUGGUGCAGUGGAUGCUGGUGAAAUUGUUAGACCUACUGCAAAUAUAUUUUCAUCUGAGAUGCCAGGUUUGCUAGAUGAGAUUAAGGCCAUUUUGUCAACUUCUUGGCAUAUGAAGUGGGAGAUUUUAGUGCAUUUUGUACCCUUUGUCAUGAUCCUCGUGGCUUUUAUUGCAUUCAUCAGGUGGAACGGAAGCAUAGUGCUUGGUGCAAAAGAUGCACACACUGUUUCUCCUCAUUUUGCACAGGUAAUGUACUUUGGUCUGGUUUCUACACUUGCCAUGGCGCCUGUGCAUUUCUCGUGGGGUCAAGCUGCAAGAAUCUCCCGGUCUUUGUGGAGAAAUAGACCUCUAAGUUUUCUUCAAGUUCUUAUAGCUAUUUGUGCCAGCUUCCUCUCUGUUCAUUUUUUCAGCAUAGCCCAUCCCUAUCUCCUUGCUGAUAAUCGGCACUAUCCAUUCUAUCUAUGGCGGAAGGUCAUCAAUGCGCAUUGGUCCAUGAGAUAUCUUCUGGUUCCGCUUUACGCAUACUCAUGGCUUUCGAUUUUUAGUGUUUUGGGAAGAUAUCGAAAAAGGAUCUGGAUUGUAGCUUAUUUUCUAGCUACUGCUGCAAUUCUUGUUCCUGCUCCAUUGAUCGAGUUCAGAUAUUACACUGUGCCAUUCUAUCUUUUGAUGCUGCAUUCUAAUGUUACUGAUAAUCAAAGUUGGUUCCUGAUGGGCUUCCUCUAUGUAGUGACAAAUAUUUUCACAAUGUCGAUGUUUUUAUUUCAACCAUUCCAGUGGGAUCAUGAGCCUGGGUUUCAGAGAUUUAUAUGGUAGCCUCUAGAAAUAGUAAAGGUCUACAGUACGUGUGUACCUCUUGAUUAUAGAUAUUUAAGCCUGUCCUAGCACCAAAAACUGAUGCAAGAAUAUCCUCUGCCCUUUUUGUUGUGCGAGCAUUCAUGAAUUGUUUGGAAUGGAAAUGAUGACUAUAUUCCUGAAA